AUGGUCAGCCCUCGGGGUCCCCCCAGGGCCAGGCCCACGGACGUGACAACCCCUGGACCCCUCCUGCCUCCUUAUGCUGUCGUAGUUGGAGUUUUGCUUCGCCUCGUUGUUUAUUUAGUCGCUGUGCUGUAUAGUUAUGCUGAGCAGCUGUUCUUGAAAAAGGAUGACAAUAAAAUAAAGAAACAAGACAUCCCAGCAGUUUGUGAUCUUCACCGCUGUAAGGAUGUCCCUGUAAGAAAUGGCCUUAUUGGGCAGAAGCCACCCUCUAUCAACCCUGAGAGACUGAAGGAUUUUGGUGAGGAGGAUUACCUGAAUGGGCAUGUGAAGACCUGGGAAAUGAAGAUAGUGAGCCGGAAUGAGGAGUUACUCAGGGGUGCCCUUUCCUGCAUCCCUCAGCCAAGCAGUAGGACCAGCCUGGCAAGCUGUAACAGGCUGAUUCGGUUUGAAGACAUUAGUGCAGCAGCCUUCAAAAUCCAGUGUGGUGUUCAGAAAACCCCCUGCAUGUAUUCUAGGCUAUCCAAGCAGUAUGGAAUGGACAUCUACCUGAAGAAGGAGUUCCUCCAGUACACAGGCUCUGUGAAGGAACGAGGUGUACUUUACCUUCUGAUGUCAUUGCCUCAGGAGCAGCAAAGAAAAGGGGUGAUCGUGGCCUCAGACAGCAACUUCUCCAUGGCUGUUGCUCACCACGCCUCAGAGCUCCGUGUGCCCGUGUUUGUGAUCCUGUGCACCAGCACGGCCCCGGCCCGGGUGAGGAUGUGCCGCGACUACGGCGCCAUGGUCAUCUCCUACGGCACCACGGCCAAGGACUCCCAGCUGCACGCGCGGAGGCUGGCACAAGAGAAUGGCUACCUCUACCUGGAAGAGGAGGACAGUGCUGUGUACCUGUCAGGCCUGGGGACCGUGGGGCUGGAGAUGUACGAGCAGGUGCCAAAGCUGGACGCGGUGAUUUUCCCUGCAGGAGGCCACUGUGGCUUGCUGGCAGGGUCAGCUGCUGCACUCAAACACCUCAACCCACAUAUUUCUGUAAUUGGAGUUGAAUCAGAAAGUUUCCCAGUAUUGCAACAGUCCUUAAAAGCUGGCCACCCAAAUGACGACCAGGCCUGCAACAAUCAUCACUUCUAUGGAGAUGUGAGUGGAGCUUGCUUUGGCAGCAAUUCUUUGCAGCUGACUGGGAAGCUUGUGGAUAAAGUUGUUGCUGUGAGGGAGGAGGACAUCCUCAUUUCAAUGCUGAGGCUGCUGGAGUACGAGCGAGCCACGGUUGAUGCAGAAGGGGCCAUUGGGCUUGCAGCACUGGUGGCAGGGAAGCUGCCUGAGUUGAAGGGUAAAAGAGUGGCAGUUGUUAUAUGCAGUGGAAACCUGGAAUUACAUUUGCUGCAACAGUGCAUAGCUCGUGCCCUGACCCUGGAUAACAGAGUGUGCAGAUUUUCCCUUGUGCUUUCUGACUGCCCAGGAGACAUGUCAAAGCUACUGGAGAUUUUGGCUCGGGAGGAAGCAAGGGUUUUGGAUAUCAAACAAGAACGCACAUUUGUGACAUCUGAGCUCUUCACUGUCGAGGUGAUCUGCACUGUGGAGACCAGAGACAAGAUCCACACAGCCCAGCUGAGGAAUGCGGUCCUGGAACGCUACCCCACAGCUGCCUGGACUGAGCGGUGA